AAUUACAAAAAUAAUUAACUGUUCUAAAAAAAGUUAAAUAGACGCUAUACAAACCAGUGAAACAGUGCUUUUCAAUAUUAAAGUGUGUUUCGAUAAGAGUGUUAUCAUUACUGCUUGCGAUGAGUCAUUUUCUAUUGCUCCUAAACCAAGAGUGCUAUCAACGUGCUAUUUGAAACAAUUCAUUAGGCUGACAUUGAUCACAAACGAGACCAAUAUUUUUUUGACUGGUUACUUGCCGUAGCAAACGCUGAAAUUUUGAAAAAUAAGGUCAGCUCAAAAAUAUAAAACACGGACUACAAAAUACUCUCAUAAUAAGGUGAGGGUGUUUGGAAGGCUGAUUAUUAUUGAAGUCACUGCGACGUUGGUAAGAAAGUUACUGAGCAAUGAAAAAAUUGAUUUCAAAAUUCGAAGCUAAGAAUGAAGCUACACCCAGUAAAGAAACCAACAGCUUUGUCGGUAAAACAUUCAAAUUAAGCAAAGAUAACGUUGUUACAGUAGAAGAAGUCCUAGCCGAAGGAGGAUUCGCCGUCGUCUUUAUGGUUAAAGGACAAAAGGGAGAAAAAUACGCUCUUAAACGUUUAUAUGUAAACAACGAACAUGACUUGGGUGUCUGUAGCAGAGAAAUUAAAAUUGCUAGUAAUUUGAGCGGUCAUAAAAACAUAAUCGGAUACAUUGACCAUAGCAUUAACCCAAAGGGUAAUGGUGUGCACGAAGUUUUGCUUCUAAUGCCCUAUUGCAAAACUAAUCUAUUAUCGUUGAUGAACGCUCGUAUACCAAACGGAUUUAGUGAACAAGAUGUGUUGCAAAUUUUUUGCGAUAUAGCAGAAGCAGUAGCACGUUUACAUCAAUGCCAAACACCGAUCAUCCAUCGUGAUCUUAAAAUUGAAAAUAUUCUGCAAAAUGAUAUUGGAAACUUUGUACUUUGUGAUUUUGGAUCUGCUACAGCUCGUAUUUUGAAUCCGAAUACACAUGGGAGAACCGCUGUUGAGGAAGAGAUACAAAAAUAUACAACACUAUCUUAUCGUGCACCGGAAAUGAUCGACUUAUUUAGUGGUUACGAUAUAACAGUCAAAGCAGAUAUUUGGGCACUCGGCUGUUUACUGUAUAAACUCUGUUUUUUUACACUACCCUUUGGAGAAAGUGCGCUUGCUAUCCAAAGUGGUCAAUUCAGUAUCCCCGAUAAUUCUAAAUAUUCCAAAGAGAUGCAUCAACUGAUCAGAUACAUGCUUGAACCAGAUGCUGAUAAGCGCCCGAAUAUUUAUCAAGUUUGUGAGAUUGCCUUUAAAAUUGCUGGAAAAACUAAUCCCGUGCGAAAUUUAACUAAAUGUUCAGUACCUCCCAUAGAGCUAUUAGCAGCACCACUGUUUGAAAGUGAAUCUAAACGCAUUCCAACAUGUGCAACAAAUACUAAGACAACGAAAUCUAUUAGCCUAUCCACCGAGGCAGGCACCUCGGUUGCCCCUCGUCAACGCCCGAAAGCAUCACAGUCCACGGUAAAUAAUAGUUUUUCACUUGGGCUUCCGCCCAAUCCGUCACCUAAAAAUAUUUUAUCUUCACCAACGCCAGGAGUGGUUUUGUCUAUUACGCAGGAAAAAGUGUCACAACCGGAGGCCUUUGUAGCCAGCUUUACUGCUAACUUCCCUCCGCCACCAGGACAAGAAAUAGCUGGUAGUAAUAUUUUUCAAACAACUUUUCCGGAUCCUUUUCGGGAAGCAGAGGCUGUCGAUCAAGUUGGUGUUCUUGUUCAUGCUGAUGCACAAAACUGCACAGGGAGUGCAUCCCAGGAAUCAUCAAACUCGUCAAUUCUUCAGUCACCCAUUCAUGCACCCGUUACCUCACAAUCCGGAAACUCUUUUGUUUCCAGCGGCAGUGGUUCCAUACCACCCGGAACACUUUUACCUCCAAAACAAUCGCACGUGGUAGGACACCGACGAAAUAUGAGCGAUACGUCAGCUUUUAACAAAGCGUAUACUACUGAAACGUCAAAGUUCCUCGCUCCAUAUGACGCAUCGUCCAAUAAUUAUCAGCCACCAGAGGCAUCGCCUGGAGGAAAUGGAUCUGAGCAAAACCUUCGAUCGAUUCCAGCAAACUUUGAAACUCGACUAUCAAAUCCUCAACUCAAUCCAACGGAUCUUAAUAACCAGGUACAACAAACAUGGAAUCCUUUCGGUGAUCCCACCCCUUUCGCUCAAAUGACAGAAGAUCAUAUCUUCGGUGAAGAGUUCGAUAAAAUUCGCAAACAAGGAUCACAAGGCAGUCUGAAGACGCCGCCCGAAUUCACCUCUCGGCAUCCAUCCUUGCCAUUGGUUCAACCUAUUCUGAAUCAACCGGUGGCAUCAUUUACUCCACAGCAAACUCAAUUUUCACCGGAAAACAUUCCAGAUACACUGGAAGACGACCCUUUCAGUGCAGCACCUUUUACACUACCACCGUUGCGAGAUAGAUCUCGUUCUCUUAAACAUGGCUUAAAACGAAUCAUUGUUAUAGACGGAGGAUUUUCCACGCAGUUGGCAACCCAUGUUGGUCAAGCGAUUGAUAAUGAUCCGUUGUGGAGUUCAAGAUUCAAUGCCACUAAUCCAAAUGCAGUAAUCGAAACACACUUAGAUUUUCUAAGGGCAGGAUCAGAUUGUAUUUUGACUAAUACGUACCAGGCAUCGAUUGAAGGAUAUAUGGAUUAUUUAGACAUGAACGAAGAAGAUAGUUUAAAAUUGAUUAAAUCCACAGUGGAACUGGCCAAACUUGCCAGGUCUCGGUAUUUAGCGGAAAAAGUGGAAAACAAAUCACAUAAAAUUCCAUGGGUAGUUGGAUCAAUUGGUCCGUAUGGUGCACAUUUGCACGAUGGAUCGGAGUACACUGGUAGUUAUGCCGACAGUGUUCCAUUAGCUCGUAUUCAAAAAUGGCACCGGCCUAGAAUCAACGCAAUUUUGGAGGCGGGAGUAGACGCAUUAGCCAUUGAAACAAUCCCUUGUCGAGGUGAAGCUGAUGCUCUUUUAGAACUAAUGACGACAGAGCAUCCAACAGUGCGUUUUUGGAUUGCGUUUCAGUGUAAAGAUGGUGUUAGUACAGCUCAUGGUGAGAAUUUUGCUGAUACUGCUAUCGGUGUGUGGAACAAAGCGCGUCUCAUGAAAAACCACAAUUUGCUUGCGGUGGGAAUAAAUUGUGUACAUCCAAAAUAUACACUCCAACUACUACAAGCUGUUCAUGACUUGGGCACAGCUGAUGAAGAAAAAAUUCCUUUGAUCGUAUAUCCAAAUUCUGGAGAAAUUUGGGAUGCGAGCGGUUCAUGGACAGGGGAGGAAAAUUGUGUUCCUUUGGAAACCUAUGUGCCACAAUGGAUCGAACUUGGAGUAAAAUUUAUAGGCGGCUGCUGUAGAACUAAUGCCAGAGAUAUUAAACGUCUUAAAAAAACAGUCAUCAAUUUAUAUGGCAGCAGAACUUCUUAGGAAUAUGAUUGCAAGGGAAAAACUGUGAUGAAACGCUAGCUUUCGAUCAAAAAGUACUGUUUGGAAUACCUAAUACCGACCUCUUCAUCGUUUGUUUUUGAUAUUGGUUAACUGGGCACGGCUGGUAAGAUAGAUUUUAAUUUCCGUUUAGAUUGUGGAUAUUGAUACGUUUGUACUUCGAAAAGAUGCUCAAGUCAUUCCGUAUCUUUUAUACAGCUAGUAUUCAUAGAACACUGCGUAUUUAAACACCAUCGUAGCUUACAUUAUUUAGUGAUAUACUUAGGUUGAAGUCUGAGAUGAUAAAACAAAAUUUAUGUGCGGUAAACUGUGACGGAUUCAACAAAAAUAGUUGUAUUGUAUAUAUGAUCCUUUCAAUUCAGAAGAACUAUAUAUACACGUGAAUAAUGAACAAUGUUCCUGUUUGAACCUUCUACCACGUUCUCUGCGAAUCGGCAAACAAUGUUACAGUAUGGAAGAGAUUGUAUCACUUAAGAAGCAAAUAAUCUCUAUUUCCUACAUCGUGUUUUUCCGCUAGGUUAGUUUAUUUAUAGCAAAACAAUUGUUUAUUCAAGUUAUACUAUCAACACCACGUCAAUGCAUGAUGUUAUCAAAAUUUAAAAUAAUCCGUUUAA